UUGUUUCAGUAACAAUGUCCAAGUGUAAGAAAGUAUGCCAUAUAAGGACACAAAUUCCGAUAAGCACCUACACUUUCAAGUGGUCCAUAGAACACUUUUCAAAACUUUUGCUGGAAAAAGAAAUCAUAAGUCCUGAUUUCUAUCCUUGCUGUUCUGAGGUUAGGUGGUAUUCUUAUAUGAGAAAGUCUUCAUCACAUUUAAUUUGGAUCAUGUGCAAUCCUACAAAGCAAAAGGUAUCUGUAGAACACACAAUUUCUAUUGUGGACUCUAGCGGAAAAGUAUGGUAUAAAAAGAUACUUCAUCAGACAUAUGAGAAAUAUGAACAAUGUGCACUGAUUGACCAAUACGAUAAAAUAAAUACUAACGAUAUAUAUAAUCUGACAAAAGAUAUUGUGACAUUUUCUUGUUCCAUGACAUUUUCAGGACACAAUAUCGAGACGCAAACCUUUGAGCUGAUAUCGGAAGGUGCGGAUGACAGUAAAAAUCUCGUAAAAUUGUCUAGCGAUUUGAAAACCAUGUAUGGCGUUUCUCUGUACACCGAUGUGUGCUUGCGCAUCGGCGCUGACUCUUUGCGAGUGCACAAAGCAAUUAUAUGUGGACGAUCCCCAGUGUUUGCAAAAAUGUUCGAACACAAGCUAGAGGAAAAGGAAACCAACGUUAUAGAAAUAGUGGACUUAAAAAUGCAAGUUCUUAAAGACUUGAUUUCAUUCCUGUACACAGCGUUUGUACCAAAUGAGGAUUUUCAUUCUGUUCUAGCUUUGUACUACGCUGCUGAUAAAUAUGAUGUUUCAGAUCUCCGCAAGUUUUGCGGGGAAAUUCUCUUAUCCAAGUUAACCAUUGACAAUGCUUGCCUAGCAUUGGCACUCGCUGAACGCCACUCUGACCAAACGUUGAAGGAUUCUGUCAUGACCUUUAUGGAUAUCAAUCUGGAGCCAAUUUUGGUGACAGAUGAGUGGACAAAUCUCAUCUCAGAGGAUACUAAGCUUGCGGCGGAAGUGAUGCGAACUCGUUCGCAAAACAAAAUUGAUGUUGAGACAAAUGUUAAUGAAAUUGAUCAGUAAAUGUUACUGAAAUAGCUGAGAUAUAUGACAAUGAGAUAUCAAGCAGGGUCUCUGACUUUGCCUGACAGGGGGUCAAGUCUCCUCCGAUAAGGGGGCUCAAAAAAGUUAAUUCAAAAUAGUUAAGUUGAAACGGGUUUUAUACUUAAAACUUUUUUUCACUUAAUUUUUUUCAAGUCUGUUUCUAAGAAGCCAGAAUCACUAGUUUUGAUACCUUAAUGUGCAGAUUCAUUUUAAUGUAAAUUUCAAUUGUAUUUUUUUAUGUUAUCGAUGUAUCUUGUACUGUAUGGUGCAAUUUACCAAACAUUGUAAGCUUAAAAAUUAUUUCCGAAAUAAAGUGAAAUUGUUGUCGCAGUCAAAACUCUUUCAGAAAAUAAUAACUUAAAGAUUACUCGUAUAACAUAAAAAUUAGUCGAUAAUAAAAAUUUGAAAUUUCACGUACAUUUAACGAAACAGUUAAAAAACAAUAUGAAGUGAAAAAGUUGUUUUUUUAUGCAUCGAUUAGCUUCUGAAUCAUUUCGGUGUUAAAUUCAAUUUCACUUAAUAGAUCAUUUUUGCAAAUAAAGUUAUAAGUACAUUUUUUGCAACCACAUAAAUUAUCUAAAGAUAUCGUGCCCUAUUUUGUAUAAACUUCGAAAUGCUUAUGCCUUUUAAAUUGUCAAGUUCGAUUUUCUUUUAUCCUAAUUAUUAUAAUGUAAUUUCAUAGUG